AUGUACAACUUCGAAGACCGUCCGAUUGCUAUCAUCAGUAUUGCCGCCCUCGUGGGAACUCCAAUAGGCGGGGCUCUCAUAGCUGCGGAGGGAGGGCAUUAUUUACACGUUCAGAUAUUUUGUGGUGUACUGAUGGCGGCCGGUUCGUGCAUAUUCGUAGCGGCUAGGGCUAGUCUGCAGGGUCUGAAUAUCAAGAAGAAAGUCUGA